GUGCAAGCAGAUGACAAGGCAGAGCAGAGCAAGUCGGCUCUAGCGCGAUUCGUGACAAUGAAUUUAAACAUGUCUCGCCACACUUGCCAGCCCCGGUGGCACACUGAGCAAACAUUUGGCAGUAAGGGAUUAAGAGGAACCUAAGCUAUCCUUUGCAUGCAGUCACUCACCUUCGCAAGGUGGAACCAUUAAGCUAUUGGGCACUAAUUCAUUCUAUCCGUUAAAAAAAAAAGGAAAAGAUUUCAUCACAUUUGCAGCAUCUUCACCACUAAACGUACAAUCCAGCAAAGAACAGAAUCUUGACAAUUAUGAAAUUUGCAGAUUAGUAAUAUAAUUUUUUGCAGUUUUUUCAGAGUAAAUGCAGACUGCAUGUGUGGUUUUUAAGAAAUAAAUAAAAUACAGGGCAAGUUUACCUAUCUCCUCAAUACAAUGAGCAAAACAAGAACAAGGUGAAAGUAGGAGCCAACGUUUCGACAAGUGGACUUGUAUUUUUCAAGGAGAUAUGCUCUCAUCGGCACAGUAUAUAUACCGUAUCUUCUGGUGUAUAAGUCAUGUUUUCUUCUGAAUUUUUUGUUGGAGUCUUAUAAAAAUGUGUUCCUUUAUUUAAAAAAAAAAGAAUGCUGUCAAAAGCUUAUCGGAUGCUAUGGCCUCACGAAGCGCGUUGGGUUGACCUCUGGCAGUUGCUACGAGUUGCGUGCGCUCUAUCGCGGUACUGGGUCCUUGUGAUCCAAGUUGCUGAGCAUCAUGCAAGGAAGACGGAGCAGCAACGGAAGCAGCGGCAGGCAGACCGCGAGUCGACCAAGUCCGAAGUUGUUGCAUUUGCGGACCGCUUUCAAGAUAUGGCACACCGUUGUGCAAACUAUGUAGUUGCUACCCGAGUAGCAGUUGCCUCCCCCUACCUCCCACUUUCCUCCCUUGUGCACAGUUGGAUCACAGUUGCAUGGGGGACGAUGUUAUCUCCCUCGACUUUAAACGGAAUAUCGCAGCGACCACAACAGCAGAAAUGUGCCUGGAAUGUCCAUAUCAUUGCUAUUGGAAUUCUAUAGAAACGGUACCGAUACGCUUGCGCGUGACUUGCAUUGAUGAAGUGAAACAUCACUAUUUUUUGAAGUGAAGCUGUAUGUGGCUAGGUUCUGGAAAAAAUUGCAUAUACAGUCGAACCCCGCUACAACGAACGUCGCUUCAACGAAAUUUUCGCUUCAACGAAAUAUUUCCAAUUCCCCGUCAGCUCGCUAUACAAAGUAAUGGAACAAAUUUCUCAUCACAACGAACCAUUUUUGGGGCGCGUUUCCGCUUCAACGAAAUUUUUGCUAUGCGAAGCUCGAUUUAAAAAUAUAUCUUACAAUAAAACAAGCAUAUCGCCGCCCAUCUAUGUACUACUUCCAUAGGCCCACGCUGCUUUGUUUCGCUAAACAUUCGCUGGACCAAACUAAUCCACUCACUGAAACGCACAUGAUCACCGCCAUAGCUUGGUGUUGAUGACUAUCGGGCUGGCUGCCUUGCGACAAGGCGCGGGGGCAAGCUCCCGUUUUCUUCCAAUCCAAUUCAGAGCCGCAACCAAUCCGUUGCCAAAGGACGCAGCAGCCUGGCAACAGCAGCGCAUUUGCCCUAGUUUUUUUCACUCGUGCUUGUGCUGCUAGUGCGCUGUAAUGAAUGCGAGCAUGGCGACUUCAUCUAGAAAGCGGAAGUUCCUCUCGCUUGAAGAGAAGGCACGGAUUAUCAGCGCGGCAUCCAGUGGCAGGAAAAAGGGAGAUGUUGCAGCGGACUUCGGCAUCUCACAGAGCACGCUGUCAACGAUCUUGAAGUCGAAAGACGCGAUAGCGCAAGCUCUUUCUUCGGGGACAUCCGCGAAGCGGAAAAAGCUGACGCAAGCGGCUCAUGAGGACCUUGAGAAGGCUCUGUACACGUGGUUCCUCGACGUGCGCGCAAAGAAGAUGCCGGUCAGCGGAAACAUGUUGCAGCAAAAGGCACUUGGCUAUGCCUGUAUGCUGGGCAUCAAUGAUUUCAAAGCCAGCUCAGGGUGGCUGACCCGUUUUAAGGCCAGGCAUGAAAUCGUCGCUAAAGUGCUGUGUGGGGAGUCGGCCUCAUCAGACGCCGACGCUGCAUCUGCUUGGGCAUCAGCUACUGUGCCGGAAUUAAUGGAGAAAUAUGCCACAUCAGACAUAUACAAUGCCGAUGAAACGGGACUUUUCUUCGAGCUCCUCCCCUCCAAGACGCUUCACAUGAAGGGCCAGCCAUGCAGCGGAGGGAAGCAUAGCAAAAAGCGUGUGACUGUGCUCCUGUGCUGCAACAUGGACGGGUCUGACAAGCGCUGCCCACUGGUGAUAGGCAAAAGUGCGAAGCCGCGGUGCUUCAAAGGUGGCAAGAGCCUGCCCGUCAAAUAUGUUGCCAAUAAGAAGUCUUGGAUGACACGGGCCGUUUUCAAAGAGUGGCUAACCGCUUUCGACCGUGACAUGACGGCAAAGAAACGUAAGGUUUGUUUGCUCAUCGACAAUUGCUCAGCGCAUAACGUUGAAGACGUUCAGCUUCAAAGCGUGGAAGUAAGAUUCUUCCCGCCGAAUUGCACGGCUUUAAUCCAGCCGCUGGAUCAAGGUAUCAUCAAUAGCGUUAAAAGCGCUUAUCGACAGCGACUGAUUCAGCGGCUGGUGUUAAACAUCGACACCGGUCGGGCAAUCGAAGUGGAUUUGUACAUGGCUGUACAGAUGGUCUCAGCAGCGUGGACGGCAACCAGUCGCAGUAUCAUCUACAACUGUUUUGUGCACGCCGGCUUUCACUCCGAUGCUCAACUGGCAGCGAACUCCACGUCGGACGAGGAAGGCUGCAGUACAAUUGCUCCACCCUCCACAGAGGCCAAUGCGGCAUGGGCAGCCCUUCAGGACUCCGGAGAUGUGCCGGCCGAUGUUCACAUCGGCGACUACAUCGCUGUUGACAGUGAAGUGCUAGCUCACGAGGAGCUGAGUGACGAAGCUAUAAUUGAGGGCGUUCGCCACAACGACGCAUCAUCGGAUGAUGACAGCGACGCGGAGGACUUAGCGCCACCAUCUGCAAUAAAAGUGAUGGAUGCUUUUGAUGUGAUCCGCAGAUUUUUCGGUGCUCACGAUGACGACGUCGCGAUGCAACUGUUCACCGAGUGCGAAAGCCGCGCCACUGCACUCGUGGCAAAAAAAAAAGAAGCAGAAGAAGCUGACCGACUUCUUUGGAAAUAAAUGAUGUUUUGGGACUAUGUGGUCCAACCUGACAGUGUUUUUGGCCUGUUUUCGCCUCAACGAAAUUUCGCUUUAACGAAAUUUUUCGCGCGCCCCGUCAGUUUCGUUGUAGCGAGGUUCAACUGUAUCUAUCUAUCAAGCCGUGUAGAUAGAGAAUUUCUCCCCAUAUGUGGGCUGAUCCUGAAGACGAUGUAAUACUGGACUGACCCACGGUGAAUGUGAAGCAGGCUUUAAGCACUCUGCCAACUUGCAAAAAUAAGUUUAAUGUGGCCGCUUGAGAUUUGAGUGACCUCACGACCAUUACUGCACUGCAGUACGUUGACCAAUGCACGAUCGCCUUGGCUAUGGUGAAGCAGUGUGUUUAAUAUUAAUAUUUUGGGCUAUGCGCAAACAAAAAUUUGCAUCGCUAUAAAUGAUACAAUCCCUUAUUUUCCGUCUCGCUACAGAAGAAAAAUAUUCAAACAAAGAAUUACCAUUUAUUUUUUAGAUUUACCACAUCUAUUAUACCGAGAUUUGAUUCGACUAGUACAAUCUAUUCUGCAGUCUUAAGGACAGUUGUUUCCUGGAAUUAGACUUUAUGGUGAGAGCUUCUUGCCAAGUUUCUGAUACCAGAUUUUUACCUCGAGCUUCAAACACUGCUAGAUCAUACUGUGGGUUGUGCUGCAAUAAAUAAACAAGGGGAGUUACGGACAACAAGAGUGCAAACUUUCUCAAGUCAUGCUUUUAUUAAAGGAACAUUUUAGACAAAAACACCUUACAAGUAUCACGUGGGAGUGAAAACAAUGUUAAAACAAAGAAGGAAUUAGUGAAACAAUGCGAACGGACAAUGGCAACCCACAGCACGUGUCGGUACCAGCUCGGCCAGCUUUCAUCUCUGUCAUCUUGAAACUGGU